GGAGCAAAGCUUGUACUGGCUCGCAAUUCAGCAACUUCCCACAGACCCCAUAGAAGAGCAGUUUCCAGUUCUCAACGUGACUCGGUACUAUAACGCCAACGGGGAUGUGGUGGAAGAGGAGGAGAACUCCUGCACCUACUAUGAGUGCCAUUACCCUCCCUGCACUGUGAUCGAGAAGCAGCUCCGGGAGUUCAACAUCUGUGGGCGCUGCCAGGUGGCCCGGUACUGCGGCUCCCAGUGCCAGCAGAAGGACUGGCCGGCCCACAAGAAGCACUGUCGGGAGAGGAAGCGUCCCUUCCAGCACGAGCUCGAGCCGGAGCGAUGACGGGUGGUGGCGCUGCACACACUUGUGGCCCCGGGCUCUUCCCGGGGCGCAGCAGAGACAGACUGGUGGUUGGACCUGGAGAGGUCAAGCCAGCUGCAGGCCCAGGGCAGCUACCGAGACCCUGGUGUCACAGCAGUCUGUAGUGCUCGUCUCCAGCUGAGACGGCAGGAGUCCUGCAGGACGUUGCUCAUUAUUUAUAUGUUAAUAUGUUUGUAAACUCAUGUACAGUUUUUUUGGGGGGGAGGCAGGGAGGGGUAGCGAUUACAAAUAGAAUCAUUUGCUGUAAUCCUCAAACGGCAAACGGUCGGGCCACACGUCUAAGGAUUGUCAUGUAGCUGGAGCUUCUCUCCUGGGCCACGGGAGCACCCCCGGGCACGGCCUGCACAGGAGUCAUGUCCACAGGGCAGAGUAAAGGGUGGAAUCAUC